UUCUAUCAGCCUAUUAUUUCUGUUGCAGGGCGAAUUGAAAAGCACAUCUUCCACAAAACGCUGCGCUGGGAGUCACGCGUUGGCGCCGCGUUCACUGGCGGCGGCGCGGUCUACCAGUUGGAAGACGGCGCCUUGCGCGUCAACCAGAGCGGGCUCUAUCACAUCUACUCACGGGUGGAGCUGCUCUUCAAGCAAUGCUCUCCCACAUCCUCCUUUAUCCACACGGUGUUCGUAAGGUCAACGUCCGGCGUGGACACGGCCUUGAUGGAGGCCCACCGGGCCGGGUUCUGCUCCUGGCGGAGCAAGCUGAAAGAGCAUCACGCCUGGACCGCCGACAGUUACCUGGCGUCGGCUUUCCGGCUCCGCCAGAAUGACAGGAUUCUCGUCAACGUGUCGCAACCGCAAUAUCUCAGUCAUUCCAAUCACGGCAACUUCUUCGGUCUCUACAAGAUCUGAUUGAGACACUUUAAGCGCCCAGGACACAAUAUGAAUGAUGUCGUCUUGUGUCACGGUGGAGAAAGACACCUCCCCUAAUCGAUGCCUUUAACACCAUUAACACUAAUGUGAUGUGUGGAGCAUUAUAUUUAUUCAUCAUG